AUGAAGCUGGGCCUGAUGGUGGUGGUGGCUGUGGCCCUCAUGGUGCCCAGUCUGUCCGAGGGCCGCACCGUUGACAAGUGCGAGCUGAAGGAGCAGCUGCAGGAGGUGCUGGUGCUGCCCAGACGGCUUCAACGCCACAAGGAGAGGAUCAUGGCCAUAGUCGUCUGUGAAGCGGCCAGGAGGUCGCGUCUGGACACGGCUCUGGUCCGGGUGUUCGGCAGACGCACCCCCACGACAGCCAAACCACCAACCAGACCAACCAAACCAGUCCAACCAACCAAACCAACAAAACCAGUCCAACCAACCAAACCAGUCCAACCAACCAGACCAACCAAACCAACCAAACCAGUCCAACCAACCAGACCAACCAAACCAGUCCAACCAACCAAACCAUUAGAACCAACCAGACCAACCAAACCAACCAAACCAGUCCAACCCUCCAAACCAGUAGAACCAACCAUACAAACCAAACCAGUAGAACCAACCAAACCAGUAGAACCAACCAAACCAGUCCAACCAACCAAACCAGUAGAACCAACCAAACCAGUCCAACCAACCAAACCAACCAAACCAGUAGAACCAACCAAACCAGUAGAACCAACCAUACAAACAAAACCAGUAGAACCAACCAAACCAGUAGAACCAACAAAACCAGUAGAACCAACCAUACAAACAAAACCAGUAGAACCAACCAAACCAGUAGAACCAAUCAGACCAGUCCAACCAACCCAAACAACGGUUAUCUCCAGACGAAAGCGGGCGGCCGACUCAAAAAGCGACGAGGACGACUCGUCAGACAGCCUCGAGGCAGCGAUGAGCGAGGAAGAGGAGGAAGACAGUAGCAUGAUGGGUAAUGAGGACACUGAGGAGGAAGACAGUAGCAUGAUGGGUAAUGAGGACACUGAGGAGGAAGACAGUAGCAUGAUGGGUAAUGAGGACACUGAGGAGGAAGACAGUGGCAUGAUGGGUAAUGAGGACACUGAGGAGGAAGACAGUAGCAUGAUGGGUAAUGAGGACACUGAGGAGGAAGACAGUAGCAUGAUGGGUAAUGAGGACACUGAAGAGGGAGACGAACAAAAAGGGGACAAGGAUGAGGUGGAUGCUGAGGAGGAAGACAGUAGCAUGAUGGGUAAUGACGACACUGAGAAGGAAGACGGACAAAAAGGGGACAAGGAUGAGGUGGAUGCUGAGGAAGAGGACAGUAGCAUGAUGGCUAAUGACGACACUGAGAAGGAAGACGGACAAACCGGGGACAAGGAUGAGGUGGACACUGAGGUAGAGGACAGUAGCAUGAUGGCUAAUGAGGACACUGAGGAGGAAGACAGUGGCAUGAUGGGUAAUGACGACACUGAGAAGGAAGACGGACAAAAAGGGGACAAGGAUGAGGUGGAUGCUGAGGAAGAGGACAGUAGCAUGAUGGCUAAUGACGACACUGAGAAGGAAGACGGACAAACCGGGGACAAGGAUGAGGUGGAUGCUGAGGAAGAGGACAGUAGCAUUAUGGCUAAUGACGACACUGAAGAGGAAGACGGACAAAAAGGGGACAAGGAUGAGGUGGACACUGAGGUAGAGGACAGUAGCAUUAUGGCUAAUGAGGACACUGAGAAGGAAGACGGACAAACAGGGCACGAGGAUGAGGUGGACACUGAGGUAGAGGACAGUAGCAUUAUGGCUAAUGAGGACACUGAGAAGGAAGACAGACAAACAGGGCACGAGGAUGAGGUGGACACUGAGGUAGAGGACAGUAGCAUUAUGGCUAAUGACAACACUGAGAAGGAAGACGGACAAACCGGGGACAAGGAUGAGGUGGACACUGAGGUAGAGGACAGUAGCAUGAUGGCUAAUGAGGACACUGAGGAGGAAGACAGUGGCAUGAUGGGUAAUGACGACACUGAGAAGGAAGACGGACAAAAAGGGGACAAGGAUGAGGUGGAUGCUGAGGAAGAGGACAGUAGCAUUAUGGCUAAUGACGACACUGAAGAGGAAGACGGACAAACAGGGGACGAGGAUGAGGUGGAUGCUGAGGAGGAAGACGGACAAACAGGGGACAAGGAUGAGGUGGAUGUUGAGGAGGAAGACGGACAAACAGGGGACGAGGAUGAGGUGGACACUGAGGAGGAAGACGGACAAACAGGGGACGAGGAUGAGGUGGACACUGAGGCAGGUGGAGCUCGUAGGAAGAGAGCCCUUCGUCCGUCCUUCGGGCUCUAUGGACUGUUCCAGCUGUCGGACAUCGUCUUCUGUGAUUCCGGUUACCGUCCGUCCAGGAACAGGUGCAACACGAGCUGCUCAGCUUUCACCGAUGAAGACCUCCAGGACGACAUCGAGUGCCUGGUCGCGUCCCGUCACUGGAGGAAGUUGGUGAGGAAAGCUUCUCGCAGGUGCCGUGGAUUCAGAUCCUACAACUACUUCAAGGAAUGUGAAUGA